AAAACGUCAAUUGUGUAUUUGACAUUGUGCUUUAUUGUUUUCUUCGUUAUUCGGUUUGUUUUGAUAUUUGACGAGCAACACAAAAACAAAAGAGCAAGAGCGGAGUACGCCUACAGUGGAUGAUUUUUGUUUCUGAGCGCAACGAAAGCAAAUAACACUAUUGUUUCUAAACAUUUUGAGUUUGUAGUUUGCUGAGUGACUCGUGGUGUUUUCAAUAAUUUUAGUAUUUUUUCUAGGCACGUGUAAUCAUGUGUAUGUAGAUCCAUAUGUAAAUAGUACUUUAACGAAAAGAGAGAAUUUUCUGUCGUCUGCAUUGCAUGCAUUUGGUUUGAGCAUAUGUAUGAUAAAAAGUACGAACAGUUGUUGUACUUUUAUGGCUGUGAACAGGUCAUGUUUGCACAUAUUCUCGUUGGGGGAAACGGCGGACUUGUAACGCAAUGCAAAGCGGAUGCAUAGAGGUGCAAGGAAGCAAAUUGAAUUUUCAUGGCAUUAAAUUGAGCUCAAUGUGAUGUGAUAUAGAAAGUGAAGUGAUAUAUGGAAAUUUCUAAUGAAAUAUACUUGCAAAGUAAUAUUAAAUCGUUUGUGACACCCUGAGUGUUAUUAGAAGAAGCGAAACGUUAUUAGUGAAGCUGCAAUUAAGAGUAGUGGUGUACGUGAGUGGACCAACUUCCGUGUCAACUAGACAUUUGGUUUGUUAUCUCUACAAAAUUAUGAAUUAUUUGUAAAUGCGUAUCAAAUGAUUGUUGACAGAACUGAAUGUAACGAAAUGAUGAUCAUGUUAAUAUGUAUGUCAUAAAAGCACUGCAAUGCAUUGUGACAGCUGAGACAAAAGCGUAGUUGCUUGCAUAGAAUAUUAAAAAUAAAUAAUUUUAUUUUUAUAACUGUGAAGAGUCUAGUUUUUUUUCCAUGCCAUGCACCGCAAUCGUUUCAUACGCUACAGCUCGAUAUACUGACUCUCAACACACAACUUUUUACGCCAAAAUGAAACAAUUUAAAAUAAAUAAUAAUAUUCAUUGAAUAAAAGUGGAAAUAAAAUAAAAAAUUUGCAUAAAUUUUUCUGACUCUCACAAAUGUCAUUUUUAAAAUUCUUCAUCCACCUCAUGUACUGCUAAAACAAACCACUGGAUAACCACACUCAGUCCGCAUAAAAAAAAAUAACUAAAUACGAAAAUAACCAAACAAAAUAGAAGCAUUGCGCCAUAACUUAGGCACCCAGCCAUCCAUAUGUAUUGCUUACAUUGCCGACGACUUGUACGCAACAAAAAAAUCAAGAAAUAUUGCGAUAACACAAAACUAGCGAUAACGCAAGCAAGAAAAACAACGAGGGCAACAACAACAAUAGCUCGAUUUAGUGACAAUCGUUGUACUUAGUUCAAAAGCAACGACAACAAAAACAUUAGACUGACAAGAUGCAAGGGGUGAAGAGGGUGGUAGUCUUCUGCAUACUGAUCGUCAUACUGCCGUCCGCUUUGAUAAUCAUACCGCUCUACCUACGCCGCACCGCCUUCGCUGACGUUAUUUAUCCCGUUGCCGAAUCGGAUAUAAUUGAGAUACGAGAUGGUAUAUCUUCGAUAUUCUGCCAACAACAUUCGCUACGCAUGAAUUCAAACUUCAAUGCAUUUCAGUUGCGCAGCAAGCCCGAAGUCUCCACAAAUCGUAAGCACAUACGACUAAAGAAAUCUAUGACGCUGCCUGAUGAUACAUUGGAAUAUUGGGGCUUCUAUCUGUUGAAGGGCGCUAAAGUGCACCUGAAAUUUUGUUCACGCUACGACGGCUCGCGUAUAUUAGUGGUUAAAGGGCAACGUAACCUGAAUACUUGCGGUCUACUCGAUCACAAUCAGAACAAAUUGGGUGCAAACUUCGCGCAUGGACAUGAACAGGUGAAGGUAUUCUUUGAGGAUAUACGAGAAAUGGGGGACACGGUGCCGGUCGAUGAAGUGGCGUCUGACAAGAAAACAGUCGACAAUCACAUGGAAGAGGAGAAUCACGGCGGUGAGGAUUCCAGUGAAGACGCGGAGGAAGAAGCAUUCCAGCGUGCUAAAAUUGCAGCGGCGGUGGAAGCAGCGGCUGCAGCGCUGGCCGUGCCGCCACAAAAAUUGGAAAUGAAUAGCACACAACCAACUACAGUGAAGUCAUCAAAGGUACGCGGCAAGAAAUUGAAGAAGGGCUCAGUGAGUUCGCCGCGUAAUCGUAGACUGCCGUCAAAUGCGCCCGCCACUGCAUCCACACACAGGCUAACAAAGCGCGAGAAUUCACCAGCAGCGAAUCAAAACGUGACAAACGCUUCAGAUGCGACAUUUUUGCAGCGCCAUCAAACAGCGGCGGCACAACGGAAACAGGAAGUGUACGAUCAACUGUAUAAGCUGCGCCGACGCAGCAAGCGCGAACAUGUUUACGAUCGUAAAUAUAGUCAUGGUGGCAAUGCGAUUAACUUCACGAUCACUGAUGAGUCUAACUCGGUGUCGAGCUUCGAAACGGGUCUAUUCAACUGCUUCAACGGCACCAUACUACUGGCGGAGGGUUUCGCACCCUCAGCCGAGUGCGUUAAUGCGCAUUUUCUCGAAAAUGGCUCUCAACGCAUGCUAUCCAAGCAUGAGAUCACCGAGGAUGGUUAUUACUAUUAUAUAUUCUACAGCGACAACGAUCUGGUGCGCAACGACAUACAUGCCAUAUUCGAUAUUUACAAACCGACAUUUCAAUAUUCCAAUCUAAGCGAUUUGCAGGGUUGUGUAAAUGUGACGAACUGCACCUUUCCCAUCGGUUUUCUGUCCGACGAAAUGGUCAUCGUGGAGGUGCCGACGCGUGAUGGCAUCGAACACGAAGAGGACGACAUCACCUACCUGAUCUCAACUUGUCAUCCGCGCACGGCCGUCUACGCGAUUUUUCCUAUUGCGGUGCUGAUACUGAUAUUAAGUUGCUCAUUUUUAUAGAAGUGGCGUGGCGCGGCUAACCGCCGCUUGCUGUGUCAGCGGAGACAGGCUUAAUUAUAAUUUAGCUAAUGUUUUUUUUAAUUAAUACUUAGUAUAUAGUAUAGAAAAUACAUAAUGCUAUGGGACUAAAUAUCAGAUAAUUGUACACAAUUAGAAAUUUAGUAUAAAAUAGCUAUGUAAUGAAGAGAUCAUCAUUAACCUAAGCGCUUAUAAAUUGGCCAUAAAGCCACAUAAAUGCGUUACUGUGUCACAAACUACAUAAGUAAAUAACAUAACUGAAUAAUUAAUUAUUUUAUAACAUAAAAAACAUGCAUAUAUUGCAGAACGUGAGUGUAAUGAAAUUGAUUGUAUUUUUCGAACAAUUUUAAAAAAUAUUUUAUAAAAAAGAGUGUGCAUUGUAUUUUAUAACUGUUUUUGUAUAGUGCUAGCACACGUAUGUAUGUAUAUGUAAUAUUGACGAUUAUAAAUCAAAUACUAAUAGGGCGAAACGCUUUUAAUAUAUAAAAAAAAAACAAUAA